GAUUGACUCGGAGUUCAAACUCUGCUGUACUCUGAACUGUACGGAGACUCUAGUAAACUGUGGGCUGUAGCGUCCCUGCUGAAAAGCUGAGCUGUACGGAGACUCUCCUGGACUCUGAGCAAUACGGACUCAGCUGAAAUCUAGGAAGUGAUACUCUCUGAAGUUUGGACAUUGCUUCUGGACUCCGUGAACGAUGGGCGAGCGUCAAUGUCGCUGUUACACCGCCUUGGUGCUGAUCGGCGCCGCGCUGGUCCUGGCGGCGGUGGCGUCGGACAGCCACCAGAGGAACGACGUGCGAUCGUUGGAGGAACUACACCUGAAGGACAGGCCUUUGGCGACCAACUACCAUCGACUGGAUCCUAACUCCUCCUACAGGAGCGAGAGAUCCGUCGGUCCUGCCCUUCCCAACGCCGAGAAGAAGCCGCAACAAGCAACGCCACCCGAGGCGGAGAAGGCGGCUUUGGCCAAAGACGUCGGCCUGCCCGAGGCUCCGUUAGCGGUCGCCGCGCACUCGGGGGUCAAGGCAGCGAACGAGAGCGAGGCCAGAACUGCGGGAUCCGAGAGCGGGACUGAGCGCAAAGGGAGGCUCAUAGAGAAGCUCAAGGAAUGGUACAAGGGGAAGGAGCCGGAGAAGGAAGAACCCAGCGGCAUCAUCAUCAACAGCCAUCUCUCGACUGGCCACUUGGACCCUCACGGACACCAUCACCACAUUCCCUUCUACCACCAGCCUCCCUUCGUGCAGCCCAUCAUCAUCGGAACUGGCGGGGGCAGCAAGGACGAGUACCCUGUCGUCAUCACCAAACCUGUUCCACACUACAUCACGGUUACUCAGCCUGUCGCUAUCACUGUCACGGAGACAGUGAAACCAUCACAUAUUCUGGCGCAUACGACUCUAUCGACGUACAUGACCCCUUCCCACGUGUACAUCCAGGAGACCAACACGCUGGAGCCCGUGACCGUCACCUUGGGGUCGCACGAAGCGAACUGGGGUUGGAACUUCUUCGGGGAGGGCGAUGGCGGCGGGAGCAUUGGCGGCGACCACGUGGUGUACUUGGUAAAGCCCGACCACGGCUCCGGGGGCUCGAGCUCGUCCCAGACCACGUCCGAGGUGAUGGUCAUCGAGUCCCCCGGCCACGUGCUGAACAAAGGUAUCCAGAAGAUCAAGGACACUUUCAGCGGCAUCUACAACGUGGGUCAAGGAAUCAAAGACAAAUUCAACAGUCAGGUCUCAUCGCUAUUCGGCAAAGACGAUCACGAGGUGAUCGUAGUCCACAAGCCUCACACGGUCACGGUGGCUUCGUCCAAACCCACGGUGACCCACACAGUGAUGCUGCAGUCCAAGCCCCACGUGCACGGCUACGUCGAGGGCGUUUUCGCGGGCCAAGGCCACAUCCACGUCGGCAGAAGCAUGACCGUAACGAGACCUGCAACCUAUACUGCAACCAUAACAACGGCCGCUGUAAACAUGCCCGGCUGUACACACUGCAAUUAAGGACCAUGUGAAGGAGAAGGAGAAGCAGAAGAAUAAAAGAAGAAAUGAAGAAAGAAUGAAAUGAAGAACAGAAAGAUGAGGAAGGAAAAUAAAAAAGAAGCAAAAGAAGAAAAGAAAAGAGAAGCAGGCA